GAAUGCAACUGAGAUCGCAAGUAGGAGUACUAAUUUUCACACGAGGGUAAAAAUGUAAAUCCAGAAAAUGGUGUGAAAAUAAAAAAGCUUAUUUUCAGUUAUUUGGUGUCGCCCGCAAUAUACCCUGCGAUCUCUGAGUCAUACCAAGCACCCCGGUUUCCCCUCUCUCUCUCUCCUCUCUCUCUCACUCACACACACACAGAACCUAUUCGGAGGCGAAGUUCGUAAGCCUCUCAAACCCUGGAUUCGACCUUUCUACCCUACAUGGAUUUUAACAUUUGAAUUAUAUCUGUUGCUAUGAUUUUCUCAACUCUACGUUUCAACUGUUUGUCUUCGGUUUUUCGUCUUAUGCUUGAGAGUAGGACGAUGGAUCUUAUAGUAGGAAGCGAGAUUCGGAUAUGUGGAAUUCUGUUGGUUAAAAUAUGAUUGAGAUUGACAUUCAAUUUUUUUAAGAGAUGCGUUGGUGGUUUUCGUAAUUUGUCCGAGUGUUGGACUUGUCACUUGAGUUGCUAAUUUACUUUAAAUUUUAGAUGAGUAAAAAAACAAAUUGUGGUUUAAUUAUUAUUGAGUCAUGGAUCAUUGAAUGUUUUCUGAUAAUGCUGUUGGUUGCAUCUGCAUGUGCUUCAGGAGCUGUACUUGUGCCUCGCAUAACAAAGUUUACAGGUUGUCAAUUUGUCGAGGUGGAAUUAAGAUUUGUAAAAGUGGCAUAUGCGGUUUAUUUCUCGGCAGUUUCUCACAAGAUUGGAUUCAUCCUAGCGUGGGCUUUAAGUCGACCAGCUUUUCUAUCAUAAUGGGAACCUCACUUCGCGGUGGGGCUUUUAGGAAGUCCAAUGAUGUGCGGCUUAUUGUAACAACCAUCAUGGGGAUGGUGUUCGGAUAUUUUAUUGGUGUUUCAUUCCCUUCUGUUUCUUUGAGUAAGAUUGCUCUACCUACAAGUCUAGUAUCAUCCUUUGAUAUGGCCUUUAAUGACGAUCGUCGUGCUACUCGUAGCUUUCCUGAAAAUCUUGGCUCGGGUAGUACACCUGUAACACCCAAGAUAUAUGUUCCUACGAACCCUCGUGGUGCAGAGGCUUUACCACCAGGAAUUGUUGUCUCAGAAACAGAUUUUUAUCUGAGAAGAUUAUGGGGUGACCCUAGUGAGGAUCUGAAAAAGAAGCCUAAGUACCUGGUAACAUUUACAGUUGGUUUGAAUCAAAGGAACGUUAUUAAUCAAGCUGUGAAGAAGUUUUCUGAUGAUUUUCAAAUAUUGCUUUUCCAUUAUGACGGAAAGACAACUGAAUGGGAUCAAUUUGAGUGGUCACAGCGGGCCAUUCAUGUGAGUGCUAGAAAACAAACAAAAUGGUGGUAUGCUAAGAGAUUUCUCCAUCCGGAUGUCAUAGCUGCUUAUGACUACAUUUUCAUUUGGGACGAAGAUCUUGGAGUUGAACACUUUAAUGCUGAGAGGUAUAUUGCUCUGGUAAAGAAACAUGGUUUGGAGAUUUCCCAACCUGGUCUUGAACCAAACAAUGGACUAACAUGGCAAAUGACUAAAAGGCUAGGUGACAAAGAAGUCCACAAGGAUACCCAGGAGAAACCUGGCUGGUGCAGCGAUCCUCAUUUACCUCCGUGUGCAGCCUUUGUGGAAAUUAUGGCUCCAGUCUUUUCUCGUGAAGCUUGGAGAUGCGUUUGGCAUAUGAUUCAGAAUGACCUGGUUCAUGGAUGGGGUUUGGAUUUUGCAUUAAGAAGAUGUGUGGAUCCUGCGCAUGAAAAGAUUGGUGUUGUCGAUUCCCAAUGGAUUGUGCAUCAAGUGAUUCCAUCACUUGGAAGUCAGGGCGAAUCUGAUAAUGGAAAAGCUCCAUGGCAGGGGGUACGAGAUAGAUGCAAAAGUGAGUGGGCGCUCUUUCAGGAUCGCCUUGCAAAUGCAGACAAGUCAUAUUUUUCACAAACCCAGCGCCCUUGACUAAGAGCAGAUAUCAUGUAAAUUGCUUUGUUUAUUUCUUCGUUUGUCCUCACAUUCCCUGGGAAUGGUUUUGGUGGCCCGAUUGUUUCAUGCGAGUUACAUCCAUCUAUAGUGUAGGAUAUCCUGUAUAAUGAGUAGCAUUGACAUGAUUAGAUUCUUAGAAAGAAAACUUUAAUUGUUUGUGCAGAAGUAGAAGUAGGUUGUAUCAGUUUGGUGUACACUAAAGGACAUCACUAUAUAGUUGUUUUUUUGGUCCUUGAGUAAA